CCCACGCCGCGAGUGGAGCCCGGAGAUCGCGGAAGAUGACGGAAAUUCUCUGCCGGUGGUUGAAUGAGGAGCUCGGGCUGUCCCGGAGAGUGGAGCCUAGAACAUUUGCAAAGGAAUUUUCCACCGGCUAUCUGAUUGGAGAGAUUCUGAACAAGCACCAACUUCAAGAGGAUUUUGAUCAGUUCUCCCAGGGCAGAAAUGCAGUUUCUCAGCUCAAUAACUUCCAGCGUCUAUUACCCACGCUGCAGCUGUUGGGGGUGAUGUUCAGUGACAAUGUGGUGAAGGCACUCAUUGAGGAGCAGCACGGAGCGGCCACACGCCUCCUGUAUCAGAUCUACAUUGCACUCCGCAGGAAAGAGAAGGCCCAGCUCUCAAAAAUGACGAUGGAAACCAUGAGACCACCUGCAGCGGCCAAACUUGCAAGCAUCAGCGCUGAGAUGUACAAAGAGCGUAUGAAGUCAAUGAUUCCUCGUGAGGUUGAUAUGGCCCUGCGAAGAGUUUCUGACCGCUACAUUGCUAAAGGCAAGGAGGUUGAGGAGGAGGCAGCCCUUAAGGAUGAACAGGAGCUGCAGAAGCAACAGAGCAUCCAGGAAGAGCAGCAGACCCAACACUUGGAAAUGCUACAUAAAGCAAAGAAGCAGAACAAAGAGUUGAUGGAAAAAGUGCAGGGAUCAAUCAUCCCUGUCUCCAAAAAGAUGCCACGUGAAAUGGAGAACACCAGCUUGAAACGCAAGCAAGAGCUGAGAAAGAAAGAAGCUGAGAUGUUCAACAACGAGAUUACAAAAUUUGAGAAGAUACUGAAGAACCUGACACCUGCUGGAGGUGAAGAGGAGAGUGGGAGCAGCCUGAACCUGCCGGGCAGAGCUGGCCCCCGACACCUGCUCAGUAGCCCCUGCACCAGAGUGGAAGAGGGACAAAGCUUCAUCGAGAACGUCCGCACUCGACUCAAGGAGGACAGACGGGCUCGGAGGGAACGCGAGAAGAGGCGGCGCAGAGUCAUGUUGGAGCUGUUGGAGGCACAUGAGGCCCAGGAGGAGGUGUACCAGGAGGAGGAACUGGUCAACAGGCUGAUGCGACAGUCUCUGCAGGAGCGCCGGGUCACCGUGCAGCUCGUGCAUGCUCGCCAUGAGAAGCACGUCAUGGAGCAGAACCGCUUCUUCCGCGAGAAACAGUAUGAGGAGCAGCGGCUGAAGGAGUUCCGGCAGGCACUGGACCGAGAGGAAAUUCUGGCGAGACAGGAGAGAGUGGAGCAGGGAGAGAGAAUGGAGCAGGAACGGGAAGUGCAUGAGCAGCUGAUGGUGGAGAGGGCUGAGCGACGAUACCGCAAACAUUACCACCUGUGCCAGGAGGUGGUGACACAUAUCCUCGACCUGGUCACCAAGGUGGCUGAGUACAGAGAGCUCUGUGUUGGUUUGAUUCCAAACAAGCUGAUGAGAGAGUGGAAGGAGCUGUUCUUCACGCAGAUGCCCAUCUAUGAGCAACCAGAUGCACAGCUUGAGGCUUCAGGCGAGAGAGCGGUGGAUAGCAUUGAGCAGGCCAAGAUGCACUUACUCAACUCGCAGGAUUAUGAAGAUUACCAGCUGAUGACUGGUGAAUGGCAGCCUCCUGUAGAUGGUGAUAUUCACGGCCCACCUCCAGAUAACAAUGUUCUGGGUCACGUGGUCAACCGGAUCACUGAGAUAGCCCAUCCAGCCAAGGAACCGAGUCCACCACCACAGUUCCCCCCAUUCCCCAUCAAGGCCUGCAUACUGGGCAAACUGCAUGCAGGCAAAACCACCUGCCUGAAGCACCUCGCAGAAGCCCUGAAUAUCCAAGCAAUCAGCCCAGAGACCCUGGUUCAGGAGGCAGUGCAGGCCUUCAGUGCGGGUGAAACUGCAGAUCCCGGUGUGAGCCAGGAGCAUGGAACAGACACACAGACAGUGGCAGGCUCUCCGGACCCAGCACAGCAGCAAGCUGAGGACAGUGGAGUUCCCCAUGGACACAACGGAGAAAAGGGUGUUGUCCAGGAUCUGCUGCACGACCCAUCCAUGGAUCACUUUGAGCCCCCAACCCCCGGCAGCGGAGCUGACCAGCAGCCUGCACCUGAGACACAGGAGGAAUGGAAGGAAGUGCCCGAGGCCCAGACUCGCACCUCUGCCAAGCAAGAGUCUCAGCCUAGUGCCCGUGCCCAGCUGGGAGAACGUGCUGUCAAGUUUCUGAGGAAAGGGAAAAGUGUUCCUGAUGAUUUAUUGACAGAGAUGGUGAAUGAAUGUCUGCGGCGACUGCCGGCAGGAUGUGGCUGGAUCCUUGAUGGAUUCCCAGCAACUAUCACACAAGCCAAGCUGCUGGAGAAGUUGCUGACCGGGGUCGACCCUGAUUACACUGUACCAAAGACUAGGAGGUCCAGAACCAAAAUAGCUGUGGACCCAAAGGCUUCCAAAGAGCCCCUUCCUCCCCGGCCUGCCCUGGACAUCGCCAUUCUCCUAGAGGUUUCAGACAAUACUGUGCUGGUUCGCCACUUGCAUGACAAUGUUGGUCAGUGUGCUGAGGCCAUGAUCCAGAAAACAUCCGGUGAACAGGGACCCCAGGAGAUCCUGGAUGUUGGCGGAAAUAUGUCCCCAACAGAGGAGCAGCUGCUGCCUCGACUGACAAGUUUCCUGGAGCACUGGCCCAAGCUGGAGAAGUGGUUUACGGGACAGCAGAUCCUGGCAAAGGUGAAUGGGGAGCUGCAACAGGCCGAGCUACUGGAGAAGCUGGAGCUGGUCCUGGUGGAGUCUCUGCUCAAAAAGCACAGCAGAGAUGCUGUGACUGAGAAGCCUCCAGAGGAGACCACGCCCGCCCUGGCUGAAACAUCUCCUUCCCAGGGCCAUCAGCAGACGUUCCCAAAGGAUGUGAAUUUAGUGGGAAGUGGUUCUGUGAGCGUUCCCAGCUCUGCCAAAGAGAAGAUUAAGGUGUCGCUUGGUGAUAAGAAGCAGAACAAAUCUGCCUCCAUUAGUCAGGCAGACACUAUGAGCAAGCAGAGCUCAGCAAAGGGGAAGAGCGGUAAACUCCACCUGUCACCCGGUAACGGGAAGAAAUCCAAGUCUGGCUCGCUCAGUCAGUCAGGCUCCGCCAAAGGCAAAAAAGGCAAAGAACAGAAGGCGAAAGUAGAACUAUACCCAUCAGAGAUCACCGGUGAGACAGAUGAUGCCCUCCCCCCAGCUCCCAAACCAGGUUCUGACCAGUGGGUCUACGUGGAUGAGCCAGUGCCCCAGGAGAUUGUGGAGUACCUCUGUCAUUACUGGGACAGCAUUGUGGAAACGUACACCAGCACCAUUCACAGAGUGAUGCAGGAGCUGCGCAGGGAACAGCAACGUGCCAUCCAGGAUCUGCACACGCUUCGGACAGCUUUGAUGUCGACUGGAAAGUCUUCCAUGAUAAGGAUAUCUCCGAGUUCAGGGAAGGAGUCACGAGUUUCAUCCGGAAGUGCAUCGAGGAUUUUGUCCCCGAGAAAUCGGUCAGUGUCUAUCCAAACCAGAAACCCUGGAUCAACAGUUCCGUGCGAGCAGCACUUACCGCACGAAACAGAGCUUACGUUGCUGGUAAUCAGCAGGAGCUCACGAAAUGCAGCUACGAUCCGCACAAAUUCAUCAAGGCAGCAAAAUGUCAAUACAGGGACAAGACCCAGACACAACUUUCCACCGACACACGCUGCUUAUGGCAAGGUCAGCACACCAUCACAGACUUCAAAGCGUAACGCUGUCGAGUUUCUAACAUCGCUGCCUCUCUCCCAGAUGAACGUGGAAGACGUGCAGCAGCAUUUGUGUAAGUUGAAGGAAGCUGGGAUCAUCACUGAGUUCCGAAACCCCUAUGCAUCCCCAGUAGUAGUGGCCCAGAAGAAGAACGGGAAGGUACGCAUGCAUGUGGACUUCAGGACCCUGAACAGGCGCACCGUCCCUGACCAGCAUGCGGUCCCGAGGAUUGAAAAUGGGAAUGAUUUUUGGGAAUACAUGGAAAGUCGCCCGGACCACAAACAGGCAUUUGUAUCCCAGUGGCAGGACGACUACAAUUCCAUCCCUGAAGACCAGCGCGGCGACGAUGAUGUCAAAGCUGAACUGAUGCUGCGGCUGUAUACUCUGCGGGAGUGUCUCUGGGACAUCUCGGACAAGCGGAAGGAGGAGGCAGAGCAGGAGCGGCAGAAUGCAAUGGAGAAUGGCUGGCUGCAGGAUCACCUGGGGAUACUGCUCAAUCUGUACAGCACUCUGAUGCAGGUGGAGGUGGAUCGCUUCCAGGAUACUUCCCGAUUCCUGCAGGAUUACUACAAAGGAAUGGAGGGGAAGAUCCCCCUGGACAGCAGCAAGGAGUUUGCACGGAUACCACUGGUUAAUGUGGCUGAUGUAGAGUUACCUGCCUUGGGAGGCCCGGAUAUAGUGAGUGUAACCAUUUCCUCCCCGUCCAAUGGACAGAGAAAGCCAAACAGUCCAGGCAGCAGUAGCAAUGCGUUGAAAGAUGGGGAGUUGGUUGGAGGCCAAGAGCUGAAACAAUUCAGCACUCCCGAUUCUGAUGGACGGGGAAAGCCAGAAACCGGUAGCCCAGGCAGCAGGGGCAAGGCGGAGCAGGAAGGGGAAUGGGAAGGCGUCCAAGAGAUGAAAGAAUUCCGAGUUCCUCUAGUGCCGUAUCGCAUUCCCUCGUCCAACGUGAUUGUGAAGGAGAAAAGCAAGCUACCAGUCAAGGUGACGGGGAAGGCCAAGGAGGAAGUGGUAGUGACAGACGCACCAUCCUUCACAGAUAUCGAUGAGUAUCUGAUCUCUGAAGCCUACCACACUGCAGUAUCAGCUCUCUCAAAUAUAAUCCAAAGGGAAGUGAAACUUAAGGAGGAUGAGGAGAAGAAAGAGCAGAAGCUGAAGCAAGACAAAGAGAAAGACCAGCCAAAGUCCUCAGCUGGAAAAGACGGGAAGAAAAAAUCUGCAGAGAAGAAGAAAGGCCAGUGUCUUGAAGCUUGGAGCUAUGCUGUGCCAGAGCCAGGGAAUGGGGCUGGGGCUGGGGAGGUGUGGAGUUGGCCUAGUUUCACUCGCCUCUGUGUGUCUGCAGGCCUCCGAUCCACCACGCCCGUGUUGUCAGCACUGGUGGAGAACCCGCAGGAAGUCAGCCGAAGGGAGCACAUUUACACUGAGUACUUUGGAGCACUGCAGGAUGAGGCGGCUGCAGUUACCACGCAUCUUGCUCUGAUCAAACUGAAAGCUCUGAUGACAAUCCAGGAUCUGAAGUCCAAGGCAGGUGAUCUCUUUACCACCAUGGAGGACUGGCUCGGCAUCCAGUUCCUGCAGGAGAUGAACAGCAUUGCUGCCUUGCUUGCUGUGGGACUGCAACAUGUACAAACUGGCACCAAGAUCCUGUUCCCACUCGUGCUCGGAAGCCAGGAGUUCUUCAUCAACGGGGACCUGAAGCUGAUUCCAGACCCCCCUCCACCGCCACACCUGCCCCCCAAGGAGAGGCCAAAGGUCGGCGAGUUCACAGUGCAGCAGCUCCAGGACCUCGUGCAGCAUUUCAGCCUGCUGUCACCCACAGGUUUUAUGACAAGAAGAGGAUUUAUCGAAACCUUACAGGACCUGAUUUCGCAGGAUCUUGGAUCAGAUAAUCUUCCUGAGCCGUGGUGCUCUCUCACUUACCCGCAGUUGGUGGAGAUUUCGCGGGUGUUGGCUCCUGACUCAGACUUCCUCGACUGGCGACAAUUUGUCCUUUCGAUUGCUCAGCCAUGGCCCUAUCCCUCCCUGAGGGACCUGUUGGACACAAAGAUACGGUUUCAAGCUGUGGAUCAGGCUGAUAGUGGUUACGUUACAAAAGAACAAUAUGAUCAGGUGGAGCUGUGGUUCACAGGUCAUGCUGAUCAACAAGACCCUGAGGAUCCAUUGGAGCCAAUUCCCUUCAACAGACUUGCACAGUUGAAGGAGGUUUUCUUUGGCCUGUUUGUGGAGGACGGCCCCUCCGAGCCCCGACUGGACUACAACAACACCCUGCUGUAUUUUAGCCGGCACCAGGACCCAGCCCAGGGCCUGCACCGGGCUCUCAGCAUCACCGUGGGCAGUGCACUCCCCUGGGCUCCCCUCUCCAGCCCUCAGAAGUCAGAACAGUACGUUCCUCAGCACGUCCCGGGUGGGCCCCCAGCACCAGGACCGGUGGAGAAGGUGCCUCUGUCAGCUCUAUUCCAAAUCAUGACGCACGGAGUGGCUGGGAUUGGAGAAACCCAUCGGCAGUGGAGCCUGGAGGCAGGCCGGCACCGGCAAUGCCAGCUUUUCACCCAAGUUUACAAGGAGCUGGGAUCAAAGGAGCUUGAACCAGUUCCAUUCGAUGUUUUGCUGAAACAUCCUGUCAUUAUGGACCUCAUCACCAAAACAACACGAUUCAGCCAGUCUGAUGUCCAUGCCGUGAUACAGAGGCAAUUCCUGGACGGUGAGGCUGUUGCCAGCAGCUCUCCUGAACCUUCGAGCAGCCCAGCUGAUGAGCCAGGCCAGGCCCAGAGCCGGUUGAAAAUGUCCAGGCUGUGAAGCUCGCACACUAAUAAAUUCACAGAUACAUUGCUGUCUCAUUCCUCGGUUGUAGCUCUUGACUGAUACAGGGAUACAAGAUAAUGAAUUUCUGACAUUUGUGGUGUAGUCAGGUGGGCCUCUAGAUGUUGAGUUUGCCCAGUGACUGCUUUUAUCCGCCGGCCCCUUUCCCUCACGAUGAGCCAAGGACUCUGGACUCCCUGAGACUUGCUCCAAGUGCUUUAUAACAGAGGGCCCUGGAGUCCCAAUCACAGGCUCCAACAGCCACUUCCCACUGAACCCCACUUAGUACUGGAUCAUUCAGCCUCUAGAGACUGCCCCACCAUUCCACCAGCCUUGUUUCAACUCACAAACAAGGGAUUCUGCAGAUGUUAAAAUUCUGGGGCAAAACAUGCGAAAAGAUGGAGGACCUCAGCAGGCCAGGCAGCAUCUAUGGAGGGGAAUAAAUAGUCAAUGUUUAAUGCCAAGACUCUACUUCAGACGGGUCCCUUCAACUCCAUGGAUGCUGCCUGACGAUGAGCCUUUGUUCUGUGUUGCUUGUAGAGACUCAACAAGGGGAGAUCUCCACUUGCCCCACCUGCCCCCGAUCACACCACUCCCCUCAGCCUCCAACUGCACCGAUAAGCAGACUCUGAUUGUCUGAGACAGAUCAGCUGUGUGGCCUGCAGGGGCAGCUCCCCCCGCACUUGUGAGUGAUACCUACCCCACUGGGUGCAGAAACACAGAGACAAGGGAACUGGAUUGUUGAGGAUGCUGCCAUUAGAGACGGUCCAGACGAGAUUCACAGCACUGAUUCUGGAAAUGAAAGGGUUAACAUAUGAGGAGUGUUUUGAUGACUCCGGGCCUGUACUUGCUGGAGAUUAGAAUAAUGCGGGGGGUGGGGGGAGAUCUCAUUGUAACCUAUUGAAUAUUGGAAGGCCUAAAUGCAUGUGUAUAUGUAUAAUUAUGUGGUUUUGUCAGUUUUUUCAGUCUUGGUUUGUCCUGUUUUUGUGAUAUCACACCGGAGGAAAUAUUGUAUCAUUUCUUAAUGCAUGCAUUACUAAAUGAC